AUUUCCUUGUCAAUCUUCUCAUGGAUUGAUUAAUCCAUCCAUUAACAUUUUGAUCCACAUAUUUCCUUGUCAAUCAUAUUUGUCUGUGUACUAGUCAAGUCUUUGGACGUGCUGUGAGUUUGCAUAUGUGAUUGAAAAUUAAGCGGAGACCUAUAACCUCUCUGAAUUAGUAGCGUGUGUAUAUAUAUUGAACUAUCUCCAGCUAGUUCCUCUUGUAACUCUCCUCAGUGAACAAUUCCACAUACUUUGCAUAUCCAUUAUUAAAACAAUGGAGAGAGUUACUUGGUUCUUCCGGAUAUACUUGAUCUGUUGUGAGGUGGCUAGCUGCGUAACUAUGGCAGCACAAACCAACCUUAACAUCACCACAGACCAGUUUGCUCUUCUUGCUCUCAAAGCCCGUAUCACCAAUGACCCUCAAAACAUAGUCUUCACCAACUGGUCAACCACAACCCCUGUUUGUAACUGGGUUGGAGUCACUUGUGGUGCACGCCAUCAUCGAAUCGCAGAGUUGAACGUAUCUUACUUUGGUCUCACAGGCACCAUUCCUCCAGAGCUAGGCAACUUAUCUUUUCUUGUUGUUCUGGACUUCAAAAAUAAUAGUUUUCACGGUAUCUUGCCUCAAGAAUUGGCUUGCCUGCGUCGGUUGAAGUUUAUAAGAUUGGGAAACAACAAGUUCAUGGGAGUCAUUCCAUCAUGGUUUGGCUCCUUAUUCAAACUUCAAGUAUUCGAUUUGUCUGGUAAUCAAUUUUCAGGUUCCAUACCAGCUACAAUCUUCAACUUAUCUGCUCUGCAAAGAAUUAAUCUUAGUUAUAACCAACUCUCAGGUAGAAUAUCCAGAGAAAUGGGGAACCUAACAAUGUUGAAGGAGAUCUACCUUGAUAGUAAUAAUUUUGAAGUUGGAAUGUGUGUUGAUUUUUCAGAAAUUCCAAAUGAGAUCGGCACUUUGAAUCAUCUGGAAAAAUUGUCUGUGCAACAGAAUUCCUUAAAAGGGCCCAUCCCUAUGACUAUCUUCAACAUGUCAUCUUUGACUAUUGUAACUUUCUAUGGUAAUAAUUUGAAUGGUAGAAUUCCGGACAAUAUUUGUCAAAAUCUUUCAAAUAUUCAAUGGUUGAAUUUGGGUGCCAAUCAAUUUAAUGGUCCACUUCCUUCCAUAUUUGGGCAAUGCAAACAACUUCUUCGAUUAGACUUGGGGGCUAAUAGCUUGACAGGUAGAAUAUCCAGAGAAAUCGGAAACCUAACAAUGUUGAAGGAGAUCGAGCUUGGUAGUAAUAAUUUUGAAGGUCCUAUACCAUAUGAGAUUGGUUAUCUUCCUAAUUUAGAGAAAUUGUGGCUUGGUCAAAAUAAUCUAAACGGCCAUAUCCCAUCCUCAAUCUUCAAUAUGUCCACAAUAACAGGAUUAUAUCUCGGCCUCAAUCAGCUUUCAGGCAGCCUCCCAGCAGACAUAGGCCUUGCGCUUCCAAAACUAGAAAAGUUUGGAGUAGGAAUGAAUCUCCUCAGUGGAGUAAUCCCCAAAUCCAUCUCCAAUGCUUCUAAGCUUCGGAUUCUAGACCUGGGAAGUAACUCUUUUUCUGGAUUUAUUCCAAGCACUCUGUGCCUCUUGACAAACCUUGAAGUGCUCAGUUUCCGCAUCAAUAAUUUGACCAUUGAUACCUCUACUCCAGAAGUUAAUAUUUUUUCUUGUCUGCCAAAUCUUAGAAAUUUGAGGAUUUUAGCCUUCUCAGGCAAUCCAUUAAAUACCGAGCUUUCGAUUUCCUUCAGUAAUUUCUCUGCAUCACUUCAAAAUCUUUAUUUAGCAAAUUGCAGCUUGAGAGGUAACAUCCCCAGUGAUAUUGGGAAUUUGAGUAGCUUGAUAGUUUUAGGCCUUCAAUUCAAUCAACUGAGUGGGCCAAUUCCAAGCUCAAUGGGAAGACUACAUAAUCUUCAAGGCGUGAGUAUGUUUGAUAACACAUUGCAAGGAUACAUUCUAGAUGAGCUUUGUCAACUAGAAAAGUUAUUUGGAUUGUACUUGGGUGGGAAUCAACUCUCUGGUUCUGUACCUUCCUGCAUGGGUAAUCUAACAGCAUCUCUAAGACUUCUAUACUUGGAGUCCAAUUUGUUGAAUUCCACAAUACCAUCUGCCUUGUGGGGACUUACAGAUAUCUUGGAACUAGACUUGUCAUCCAAUUCUCUAAUUGGACCUCUAUCAGGUGGUGUUGGUAAUUUGAAAGUUGCUACAUACAUAGAUGUAUCAUACAACCAAUUAUUUGGGAGUGUACCAAGUAGCAUUGGGAGUUUAGUGAGUUUGGUAAGUCUGUCCUUAGCACAUAACAAUCUAGAAGGCCCUAUUCCUAGUUCCUUUGCCACAUGCUUAGGCUUAGAAAAAUUGGAUUUAUCUGGAAAUAGUUUCACUGGAGUGAUUCCAAAGUCUCUAGAAGCACUCUCAUAUCUCAAGCAUCUGAAUUUGUCUUUCAACAAACUCCAAGGAGAAAUUCCAAGCGGCGGUCCUUUCAAAAACUUCUCUGCUGAAUCAUUUGUUUCAAACCAUGGACUCUGUGGUGGAUCCCAAUUUCAAGUUCCACCAUGCAAAAGAAAAACUAGCAUAUCUAUCUUGAAGUAUGUUAUUCCGGGGAUCUUGUCAGCAAUGCUUCUUGCGACCUCCAUUAUUUGGAUGUUGAUGUUACGUAGAAAAAAGAAUGAAACAGCUGCAGCACAUAUUAUCUUGAUGCCUCAAGUUUUACGCAGAAGGGUUUCAUACCAAGAGCUCCUAUGUGCGACAGAUGGAUUCAAUGAAAGCAACUUACUUGGUAUUGGGGCUUUUGGCUCAGUAUAUAAAGGAACAUUUCCAGAUGAGAUAGAUGUUGCAAUAAAGGUUUUCAAUUUGGAUUUAGAAGGGGCAUUUGCAAGUUUUGAGGUUGAGUGUGAAAUGCUAAGUAAUGUUCGUCACAGAAAUCUUGUCAAAGUCAUCAGUUGUUGUAGUCAAAUUGAUUUCAAAGGUCUUGUAUUGAAUUACAUGCCUAAUGGGAGCCUUGAGAAGUGGUUGCAUUCUCAGAAUUCUUCUUUGGACUUGGUGCAGAGGUUGGAUAUAAUGAUAGAUGUUGCAUCGGCAUUGGAGUACCUUCACCAUGAUUGUGAAGUACCUAUUGUCCAUUGCGAUUUGAAGCCUAGUAACAUCUUACUAGAUAAUGAUAUGGUUGCACAUGUUGCUGAUUUUGGUAUUGCAAAACUCUUGGGUGGAGGAGAUUCUAUGACUCAAACCAUGACCCUAGCCACAAUUGGGUAUAUUGCUCCAGAGUAUGGAAUGGAAGGAAUAGUGACCAGAAGAGGGGAUGUGUAUAGUUUCGGUAUUGUAGUGAUGGAAACAUUUACAAGAAGGAAACCAACUGAUGAGAUCUUCAUUGGGGAAAUGAGAUUAAGUCAAUGGGUUGCGAAUCACCUAGUUGCAAAUGCGAUAGUUGAUGUUGUGGAUGCUACUUUACUUGGAACCGAGGAGGAUCAUGAGUUCGUGAGCAAGAGGGAGUGCUUAUCAUCUAUUAUGAGAUUAGCUGUUGCUUGUUCAGCAGAAUCACCGGAAGAGAGGAUAAACAUGCAAGAGGUUGUAGCCAUGCUUUAAACAAUCAAGAUCAAGUUUUCAAAGCAAACUGCAACAGGAGGUGUGGUGUUGAACUGUCGUCCUGUUUUGGUAACCCUUUAAUGUGUCGAUAUAUCUUGGCUUGCCAUUUGAUUAUGUACCUAAUUACGUAAUUGUAUGAUAGUAUGGUUCCGACUCAUGUUUGGUUGGUAAGUUACUCCUCUGCAUUCAAAAAUAACUUCCAUCUAGCUCCUUGCAGUUUUGUAGUUUCUGUGUUUUUCUGCUUUGAGGCUAGCUGGUUAAAUAAACUAAAGCACCACUAUUUUCUCAAUUUUUUCUAUCUUUAAGUUCUCAAAGUACUCAUCAUGGUACAGUAUAAAACUAUCUUGAAUCCUUUGAAGUUUUAGAAGAUUGUGGAUGCACUAAUUUUGAUAAUUUUUUUUCCUGGUGGAGGACUGCAUGCACUUAAGUUGAAUGAGAUGAAAACGUAUAUAUGUACGAAACUGAGUUCACUUCAAGGGCCGAUGCACAUCCUUCUCUCAUCUGUUCAAAUCAUGUCUAUAAGAAAUUGUUCAGAAUUGGAGUCAUUUCUGCAUGCGGGAUUGCCUUAAAUUUAAAAUUGCUUGGUAUUCUAUAUUACAGAAGACUGAUUGCAAAUUGAAUGAAGUGUGUUCUAGAAAGCCUCACAUCUCAGAGAUGCUUGAUAAUCGGCUUCAGUGUGUGAAGAAGUAGUCUCAUUUAGUUGUCUGACACCUGUUGUCUCUUAAAAACCUGACACUGAUUCGUUGCUCUAAGCUCCAGUACUUGCCGGUUGCAAAACUUGUGAAUAUCCUUUGCUAGACCAAUGGUACGUACCAGAAAGAGCUUCUAAUGUUGCUUCUUUUACUGUCUGUGCUUCUAAAUUUAAUUCUAGUAGUAAAUUUAAAAGUGCUUACAUGCCUGUACCUUUGAAUUGUUUCUAGGUGCUUGCUGCAAUUGAGUCCUAGCUAGCUAGCUUAGCUUCUACAUUCUUUGUCCUUGUUUUAUAAGAUAAUCCCACUUCUGAAAUUCGAAUCACUUUUCUAUUGCUGUUGGACUAGGUUGGUCAGUUUUCUUUUCCUUUUGUGUGCUUUUGAUGGUCCUGACUGAAUCUGUAGUGGAAUUAGCUAUUUUCUCUUUUUACCAAUAUUUCCCACUUCCCUGUUUCGUCAUAAGGUAACUUUUGCUUUGUUAUUCAAUUUCUUUGAGUCCACAUACUUAAUAUUUAGUCAUUCAAAUUUUGAUAGGUUUUUCCAGUGUUGAUUUUAAGGUUUUUCAUUAGUACCAUAGUUAUUUCUCAAUUGCUAUCCAAGUUUGAGUCUCUCAAUAGUUGGUCAUAUAUAACAGCCGGUGAAACCUUCAUAUUGCAAAUGUCUCUGAACAGCAGGCAUCAUCAACCUCAAUAUGCUACUCUGAUAUUAUCUCUGGUUUUCCAUUUCAUCCAACCCUAUUAUGUAAUCCAUUUCUGAAAUUGAUGUUUCACUUCUGGCAUGUUAAUCUGGCUUUUUUCGUCUUCUUUGCAAAACUGGUUUAUCUUUUGUCUCUUAUUGCUUCCUGAUACCCUACAUGUAAGACUUGACCAAUAUCCUCUUUCAUGUGUCUUUUGACUCUUUGCUGUGUCUUUGCUG